UUAGACGACUUAGACAAUCCGGUCAAUCACAUGGAAUUCAGAGCAUGCACCCGGAGCUCGCUGUGAGUGUCAAGGUUGCAAAAGAGGUUUGAUUGUGCCACUAUUGACAUUGGCUGAGGCCACGUUGGGAAAUUGAAGUAGAGGUAUGCGCUUGGUUUUCGAAAGGGAUAAGCGCCCCAUCCUGCCUCCUGCCCCAUACUUCGCAAACUCUCCACUUCCUCUAUGGGAUAAACGUGUCUUGCCCUUUCGUUCAUGUCAUUCCACCCUCUGCGUUCAGUACGUGUUCCAUUAUUUCAAUCACGAAUUAGUAGUAAAGUGAUCAUAGCGACCGCUGGUUCACCCAAUCUCUCUUUUAGAAUUAUUAAGUGUACAAAGCAUAGAAAGAGGUUUGAUUGUGCCACUAUUGACAUUGACUGAGGCCACUUGUACAGUUUGAUUAGUUUGUAAAAUUUUCUUAUUUCAACCGCGCCUCCUGAAGAGAAAAGGGUAAGUUUGUUUUGAACGCGCCUAGCGCGCGGUGAAAUGGGGAGCGCUCGCAAGAAUUCUGGGUACAUUGGAGGUCUUUUGUAAGAAUCUGUAAUGGAAUGAUUACAAUUACAAACCGUGGACCUGGAGAAUUCAGUACUGUUCUGGAAGAAAAAAUGUCCACCUAAUAAUAAGAAAGUACAAAAGAAAAUCCUUUUCAGCAGAUAAAGUAAUAUCGAUCAAAGCGACGGAGGAUUGCGCUCUCCGACGGAUUGUUAGAGAUAGGGUCAACAUGGAAUAGUUAAUUAACUGCCAUGUUACAAUACUUAAAGACUUCCUGAUUUAUUUCUGUGGUGCCUUAAUGUAGAGCAGAAACUCUUUGUAUGGAAAUGGAAAGAAUACUGAACAUCCGCAGACCGCCAGAACAGAGUCAAAGUGGACUAUCGAGGGCUUCGAAAAUAUUUUUCGGCUGUGACAUUUUCCAAGUGGUUGCUGUCGUGGUAUUUCAAGGUUCAAUGAUGGCUCUUGGAGACUUCAGUGCUUAUAAUAAUACUCAGCAUCCUGGUAUGGGACCUGGGCGAAGGGUUUACAUGGCGAUAUACAUGGGUGCUGUGGUGUACACAUGCUUUUUGUGUUUAUUUGCAGUAAAAAGACAGAACUUUAUGGAAAUUAUAGCAUUUGACUUGCAGAACUUUGCUUUUGUUACUUAUAGCUUCAUUCAAUUAUAUCAUGUUAGAUUCAAGACAUACAAUGGGUUAAGAACAAGUAAAAAUGAUGCCCUUCCAAUUAUUGUUUUAGCAAAUGCCAGUACUCUUCUGUUACUCAAUGUUGUGUUUACAUACCUCUCAUACAAGCUAUACAUGGAAUUUGGAUGGAAAAUCUAUAAGAGAGUUCGUUUUAAUAUCAGGCUUAGAGACAUUUAUCAAGUCUACGAGUUGUUGUCUUGCCUAUUGAAAAUGGAGGUUCUGUAUUCGGGAAUGUUUGCCAUUGUUCACAGUUUGGUCCUUUUGCGUGACUCACAUAACAUCCUCUAUAUUGUGAGCAUGACAUUUAUACCAUUAACAUUCAUGUAUGCCGCUCUGGGUUAUUAUGCGACACGCCAUGAGAACAGAAUGCUCAUGAUAUUUUUUCUGACUUGGACGCUCGGUGGGAUUGGUUACUUUUUGUAUAAACUUUAUGGGUUUGUUACUCGUACAUGCAGUGGCUGUCCAGAGUUUGAAAUCGAUGGAAAAGACAUCCCUGAUGAGGCCUUCAUGCAUUUCGUAUACUUAGGAACCAUGAACCUUGUAGUCGCCUCAAUAAUACUUGGCGUGGCAGUAAAGGCAUAUCGAAAUUUUGGAAGGGGUUUGGCGCAGCAUUUCCGCCAGAAGAGGAAACCCCAAUUAAGGUACUCAGAUCGGUUAAGCCUGGGACGAGCGAGUCACUGUUACCCGGAGGAGAGCGUGAUUUCUGUGACGUCAUACGACAGCGCAAUUGAUGAGUUCGCUGAGAGCGUCCGAUUGAACAGAGGCACGUUACGCGCUGCUCAGACAGCUGUACCAUUGUUGGCCGGUAACGGUCAACUUCGGGUGGACAAGCGCAGUUGUAGUCUUCCAAAUUUGUUGUCGGAUUCAACGCCGCGGAGGCCUACCUCUUUUCCAGGCCCUUCCAAGGGGGAUAUGAAUUUGUUGAGUGGCAAUCUGCAAUCAGAGCAUGGGGAAGGAGAAGAAGAAAAAGAGAAACUAUAUGCUGCAAACCUGGAAAGCAUUUCUGAAGAGAAAACAGCUGGGAACUUGGACUCUUAUGAUUACGGACCAAAGCAGGGAUCUCUUCAAGACAGUGAAGCUGAUGAGGAAGGCUCCAGUUUUAUUCAGUUAUCAAGAAAUGGCGAUGUUACAUCUUCGGACCUUCACACUAACGGUCGUGUGAGUAACGCGGAUAGCGCUCGCGUUCCUAGAGGCGUGGCGAAAUUGCCCGAACACAGACAGAACGGCCUUACUCGAAAAACUUCUAUAGAACCAACGGAUGAAAAUAUUGCCAACGGAUGCGGCUUACAGUCUGCAAAUAACCACGAAGACACUAUUGCAGACGAUGUUGUUCAAGAUUCGUCGAUAGAAUUUAGGACGGAAAAUUCAUUACAUUUAAAUGCGCAGAUUUAUCAGAGAAUUUCAGGCCUUCCUGAAGGGGUUGUUUAACAGUGAGUCUCGAAGAGAUAUCGUAGCAGUCAUGUCAUGAUAUUUUCAGCUAUUCUAUAGAUACCUUUAUAUUCUAAGACGAGUAAGACUGCGAGUUCGAGCCUGCGUUAUUUUGGCUGGGAAAAGUUACGUCCGUACUUCCCUCAGUUAUUGGUCCAGAAAACUCGCGCCAUUUUCUCAACCAAUCAGAUGCAAAAUUAAUACCAAUCACGAAGUGGUCGCUCGCGCUUCAGUCAGUUGGCUCGUCCUCAUUGGCUCUUAAGGUUAUUUUUCUUCUCUUCUGAUUGGGCGUUGUGAAUACUUUGGUUUUGGUUUUACAACACUCAAUCGAAAAACGCUCCCUUUAGGACGGGGCUCAACUACGUCCCAGAACAAUAGCCGUGCAAACUUUGUUUUACACAAGAGCUCGAUAAAGCUUCAUGAAAAAUGCACUUACUUUUUGAAGUAUUGUCUCCUACUCGAAAUCGAACUCGUCUAAGAAAGUCUCUGUUUUUUUCUCACGUGCAGAACUACCUUCGACUCGAAGGAGUUUCCAAGUUUUUUUCCCGUUAGUUGGUGAAAUGCACAAAAGACCAUGAUAAACCAACAGGGAACAAUGGUGGCUUUGAAUUGAGAAGAUUGACGCCGAUUGUAAAUGUAAAAAUUAACAAAAAAAAAUUGGGUCUAUUUAAACGAAUGAAGGUCCUUUUUAACACAAACAGAUUUUUUUUUUAAAUUCACAUCACCGUACCUGGUUUAUUAGUGUGGAAUAAUCAAGGAACUAGCUGCAUAUGGCUGCCUUUUGGAAAAUGGUGUUUGUAACUUCUUAUUUAAGAAUACUUUGAAGAUGUAAUUUUUACAAUAAUUAUUUUCUUGUAAAUAAUCCCGACGUUUUUCUUGCAAAAGCAUCCUUUCAUCUUUUUAUUUUGUCGAGAUCGUAAAUACUUGCACUGACUCAUUUCAUUUGGAGGUGUAAACCAGAAAAUUUGUUAUCUUUUUAUUUCGAUGCAGUUGUAUAGAUAAUUAGUUUUUUUUAGGGUUUCUUUUGUGAGGAUCUUCCUUCCGUUCUGUGUGGUUUCCGUUCCGUUCUGUGUGGAAAUUUUCAACUUGCUAUUAAAGCUAUUUUUUUCUAUUUUUAUUUAUUAAAACCGAAAUAAAC